CAAACGUAAGCUCAAGUGCAACUAUUAACGCUGACGUUAUAAUUUGAACAUAAAAUUUAUGAAACACAUUAAAAAUUAAAUUUGACAUUUGUUGAUUUGAUCCUGGUUUUUGGAAUGGAUGGAACGCGGUCCAGCCAGUGUUUUUGGGGAUUUUGGCGAUCUCUAGUUUAUUCAAAAACUUAUGUAUAUUUUUAUUUUAAUUUAAGUCUGUACAGCAAAGUGUGUAUAAUGGACGAAGCGGCCGCUAUAUAAUUUCAUAAAAUUUAGGUUUGAUUUAUCCAGUUUAUAUUGCUUCCAGCAUUAUAAACUAAAAUAAAUUUAAAUUAAUAAAGUGACAGAACUGCCUUGUUGAACAUGAUAAUUCUUGUAAUUUUUAUGCACAUUUCAGUGUUAUUAUUAUGUUUUGAAUGCUCCAUUCAUAAAAAUUUGAAGUAUUUCGAGACAAUUCAUACUUCAAGUCUGCAGCAUCACAUUGUUAAGCGAGGCGCAAAAUUGUCUACUCACCCUUAUAAUACAAUUAAAGAGUUGCACUUCAGAACUCUUGGCAAAGAUUUUAGACUGAUCCUUCAUCCGCAUAGCUCAGUCUUACAUUCCAAUUUCAAAGCAUAUUCUGUUGAUGGGGAUGGAAAAGAAACAACUGUUCAUGUUGACAGAGACAAUUUCUAUACAGGCAGAGUAUUUGGUGAAAAAGCAUCUGAUGUCAAAGUACAUAUGGAAGAUGGAGUUCUCACGGGUAUAAUUCACACCCCAGAUGAAACUUACCAUAUAGAGCCGUCAUGGCGCCACAUACCAGGGCAUGAUGAGAAAACGAUGAUCACCUAUCGCUCAUCAGAUAUCCGCUAUAGCUGGGCUGAUCAUGACCAUACUGGUGACAGUAAACCACGGGUGUGUGGCUAUGUAAAAGAGGGUAAAGAAUUUGAAGAUGAUGAUACAAUAACUGGAGCAGAUAGUACAAAAUUGAGAUAUGAACAAUCAGAAAAGGACAAAUAUCUCAAUCAGACAGAUUUCAAUAUCUAUAAUACAGAUCCGCACACAGAUAAAAAACAAAAUGAUAAAAACCAUAGAGUGAAGAGGCAGAGUGAUUAUGAAUACACUCCGACUAAAACAAGGUGUCCAUUAUUGCUUGUAGCUGAUUAUAGAUUUUUCCAAGAAAUGGGUUCCAGCAACACAAAAUCCACUAUCAGUUAUUUGAUAAGCCUCAUUGAUCGUGUUCACAAAAUAUAUAAUGACACUGUCUGGCAAGAUCGGCAGGAUAUGGAUGGUUUCAAAGGCAUGGGUUUUGUGAUCAAGAAAAUUUUAGUGCAUUCGGAGCCAACUCGCGUGCGCGGCGGUGAAGCGCACUACAACAUGGUGCGGGAGAAGUGGGAUGUGCGGAACUUGCUAGAAGUGUUUAGCCGCGAGUAUUCUCACAAGGACUUUUGCCUGGCUCACCUGUUCACGGACCUUAAGUUCGAAGGCGGAAUCUUGGGUCUUGCGUACGUGGGCUCGCCAAGACGCAACUCUGUGGGCGGGAUAUGUACUCCAGAGUACUUCAAGAACGGCUACACUCUCUACUUAAACUCUGGUCUGAGCUCGUCGCGUAAUCACUACGGGCAGCGGGUGAUAACGCGCGAGGCGGAUCUGGUGACGGCCCACGAGUUCGGUCACAACUGGGGCUCCGAGCACGACCCCGACGUGGCCGAGUGCUCGCCCGCCGCCAGUCAGGGCGGCUCUUACCUCAUGUACACCUAUAGUGUCAGCGGCUAUGAUGUCAACAACAAGCGUUUUUCGCCGUGCAGCCUACGCUCCAUUCGCAAGGUGCUGCAGGCCAAGUCGGGCCGAUGCUUCUCGGAGCCCGAAGAAAGCUUCUGCGGCAAUUUGCGGGUCGAAGGCGGCGAGGAAUGCGACGCGGGCUUACUAGGAACUGAAGAUAAUGAUAUGUGUUGUGACAAGAACUGCAAAUUACGGAAAAAUCAAGGAGCUGUCUGCAGUGACAAGAACUCGCCUUGCUGCGCGGGCUGUGUGUACGCGCCGCCGGGCGUGGUGUGUCGCGAGGCCGCGCACUCCGCCUGCGAGGGGGAGGCCACCUGCAACGGGGCCACGGCCGACUGCCCCAAGGCGCCGGCCAUAGCGGACGAGCACGAGUGUGCGGAGCGCGGACGGUGCCGCAACGGUACGUGCGUGCCGUACUGCGAGACUCAGGGCAUGCACAGCUGCAUGUGUGACAUAGUUGCGGAUGCGUGUAAACGUUGCUGCCGAAAGAGUCUGAAUAAAACUUGCUUUCCCGUGGCCCACAACGACAUCCUGCCUGAUGGAACACCUUGCAUCCAAGGUUUUUGUAAUAAGGGUGUGUGCGAAAAGACGAUUCAGGACGUAGUUGAGCGUUUCUGGGACAUAAUCGAAGACAUCAACAUCAACAACGUGUUGGGCUUCCUGCGCGACAACAUCGUGGGUGUCGUGGUGCUAGUCACCGCACUAGUGUGGAUCCCGGCCAGCUGCGUGAUAAGUUACGUGGACCGCAGGAGACAGCGGCAGCAUCAGAAGUACAUGGACUGGGAUCGGCAGCACGACCUUGUUCACCCCUCGUCGCCCAGAAAAAUUAUAGAAACUCGAUUACUAAAACAAAAACCUCCCGGUACUAAAACUGUCAUACAAGGUACUAGUCAAAUAUAGAUCUCGAGAUUUUUUUAUGUCCAAUAUUUGUGAAUGUAUUGAUAAUUUCGUUUUAAUAAAAUUAUAUUAUGAAUGUA